AUGGGAGACAAGGAUAGUGUGGAAAAGUACCUGGAGAACAAUCCCCAGUUCGCCAAAGAGUACUUUGAUAGAAAGGUGCGCCCCGAAUUGAUCGCGACAGCGUUCACAGAAAAUCUCGAGAUCAAAGAUCCGACUUCGUUCAAAGAUGUUUCCCAAAUUCAGGAGGCCAACAUCAUCUUUGACCUGGUCAAAGAAAUGCAAUCGCAAAUCGUUAUGGAAAAAGCAAUGCACAAGGUCCUGCAGAGAGUUUGCAUGCUUUUGAACGCCGACCGGUGCAGUUACUUUGAUCUUCGAUCUAGAAACGGAAUACCUGAGCUUACAACGAUGCUCUUCAAUGUCACCCCUACCACCAAAUUCGAGGAGAACCUCGUCAACCCCACUGCUGAGAUUGUGUUUCCAAUCGAUAUGGGUGUAGUUGGAUACACAGCGCACUCCAAAAAGAUGCAAAACAUUCCGGAUGUUACAAAGGUGAGUGCCAUUGUCAGCAGGUGCCAAAGCGCGUAUAAAAUGUGUACAUGAGAAGCCAAAGCGCCCAUAAAAUGUCCAAAAGCAGUCGCAAUUUACACACAAUUGUUCUUGUCAGAUCUAAAUUCAUAAAAUUGUCAUUUGUUUCACACAUAAGUUAUACAUUUUAACUGAUGCAGAUUUGAGAAGAUAAUUAAAGAAAUAUAAAGUGUUCAUGCAUGUCUCUAAAAGCCUAAGCCCAUGAAGUUUAAUGAUUCUUGUCUGUCUGCUAUUUUUGUUAAAUUCACUUGAAGAAUUUCUUGAAGGUGUUGCCUAAUAGUUGUCUGGCAUUGAUGUUUUGUUUUGUUUAUUCCAUAUGUAACUCUGUGUUUGUUGUUUUUAUCGCACUGCUUUGCUUUAUCAUGGCCAGGUCGCAGUUGUAAAUGAGAACUUGUUCUCAACUGGAUUACCUGGUUAAAUAAAGCUGGAAAAAAAAUAAAAUAUUAUCUCAGUCCAGAAGUCUGACCAAGGCAAACUUCAUGGUCUGAUUAGGUCUACAGUAAACUCAACUUCAACAAGUAUCAGUGAAAUUACAUGCAUGAUGGAAUGAGGGAUUAAUUCUAAAUGUUAAUGUGGACCACUUAGUUUCUACAAUACAAUUACGAUUUUAAUGGCUAUUAUUCCUCUGUGUAGUGCAGAAAAUGGCUUUUACCUCCAGAAGCCAUGCAACUGUCAUUAUCUGGUUGAUUUGCUAAUUGAUUAAUUGAAUACAUUCAUUUAUUAUAUAUAUUUGUAUUAUUUAGUUCAUGUCAUCAUGAUAAUGUAUUGUAUCAUAUUCAAAACAUAAAUGUCCAGUUGUAUGAUUACAAAGCUGUUUGUUGAUGUUAAACUAUGGAUGACUGAAGAGAAAGCAGGUUGACGUUUAUUGUCAUGAAUCUUGCCCUGGAGGCAGAACUUGACGAUUUAUUUUAAUGGGCCAGCUGCAAAGUCAUAAUUGGCUACAUCGUAAAAAUUAAUGAAACAAAAAUCUGCUUUUUGGACUUAAUUUACAGUAAAGUUAGGGUUAGGCAUUAGUGUAAGCAGUGUGGUUAAGGUUGGGGUUAGGUUUACAUUUGUGACUUUGUGGCUGUGACAGAUUGGGACCCCUCUGCAGAGCUGCCUACAGGACAAGAUUCAUGACAAUAAAUGUCAACCUGCAAAGACAAAUCUGUAAUUGCAAUUGGUCAACAUACUGUAGAUUACUGGACGAACAUCAUAUUACAUGUAUAAGUUAACUACAGAAUUCAAAAAGGGGUCCAAUCAAGGCUUUUUUUUUUUGCCAGAGUAUGUCCAUAAGUUUUCUCAUUUGAUUAGCCCAUGAUAUUUUCAUUGAUUGAAAAUCGUCCUUAUUAUUUUCGAGACAAUGGUAAUAGAAUUGGGCCAUUUCAAAGCAAGCAGGGGUAGUUUUUUGUCCAGUACCUGCAAUUGUACUCAAUAGGCCUUUUCACACAACAUUAUCUUAGCCCAGGCCUAAGGAGGCUGUUAGCCCUGGGCUUAUUGUAGUGUGAAUGCAGCUAAUGUCUUGAUCCAAUAUACUCUCUUCUUUUUCCCUUCCAGAAUAACCGCUUCAGUGAUUUUGUGGACAAGCAGACAGGAUACAAAACCAAAAACAUGCUCACAUACCCCAUCAUGGCUGAUAAAGAAUGCCUUGGUGUUGCAAUGGCACUAAACAAAAUUGGGGCCGAAGAAUUCUCAAAAGCCGAUGAGGAAGUAAGUCCUGAGCUCUCAAAAGCAAAAUACCAGUCUUAGAAAAGUUUCUCAGUAUUAGUAAUUAUGGGAAGAACUUUUUUUAUGUACAAUUAAUACAUAUUAGUACAAUUCACACAGCACAUGACAUAAACAGAUACUGUAUAGCCUACAUUACCCUAGUAAUCAAUAUUCAUGAUGUUAAGUCCCCUAUUUGGGUGGUUCUGGACCGGUUCCGACUGACAUUUUGGUGUACAAAGCGCUCUGUGAACAUUGUAGGGUCCCAUGUUUUAUAGUGCCAGAAAGCCCCAUAUAUCCCGGGUCAAACAAUCCUAUAGGAUUCCAAUAAAAAAAUCAUAUUAGAAUUCAAAAUAAAAUCCUAUUAGAUUUUAUAACCAAUCCUAUAGGAUUUUAUCCAAUAGGACCAGUUCCAAAAUCUGAUAGGAGUUUUCUAUUACAUUUUUGUCAUUUAGCAGAUACUCUUAUCCAGAGUGACUUGCAGUAGUGAGUGCAUACAUUUUUCAUACUGGUCCCCCGUGGGAAUCAAACCCAAAACCCUGGCAUUGCAAGCACCAUGCUCUACCAAGUGAGCCACAUGGGAUUCUAAUUCGAUUCUAAUUGGAUCCUUGUAUUGGAAUCCUGUAGAAUUUCAAUGUUUUUUCUCUUAUACAAUUUCUAUAAAUGUUGUUGAUGGGAAUUGUAUAGAUAUUUACAUUACAUUCUAAAGGAUUUAUCCUCAAGACUUGGCUAUACACUUUAGUUAACUUGGCUGCUUAACUUAUGGAGCACCCACCCUCCAAACCUCUUAGACAAUUACCUAUGAAGGUGGACAGUGGACACAUGUGAACUAUAAUACCAUCAUAAGCAAUCAAUAUUGAACUGCCACCCUUGCCACUUGAGAUGGUGACCCUAUAGUGGGGAACCGCCGGCAAUGUCCCCUCUACCCAGUAGCUAUUUCGUGCAGCCCCAAGGUCCAAGGGACACAAAGUGAGUAAACAUUUGCAUCUGGUGCAUCUGUGUCACACAUUGUGAAACGUACUGUGAUUGCCCGCAAGGUUGUUUACAUUUGUGUCAAAAAGGUGUGCUAUGUGGCAUUACAUCCAAACAGCCCCCCCGUCUGCGAAAACAUCUCAACACCCCCACCCCCAAACAUCUUCCUGCGGGGGAACAGCUCUGGGGGGGAGGCGGGGGAGGGGCUACAACCCUGGGAGGGAGGGAGGGAGGGAUGGAGGGAGGGAGGGAUGGAUGGAGGGAGGCAGGUAGGGAGGGUGGUACAACCCUGGGAGGGAGGGAGGGAGGGAGGGAGGGAGGGAUGGAUGGAGGGAGGCAGGUAGGGAGGGUGGUACAACCCUGGGAGGGAAGGAGUUGGAGGUUCUCAUUAUCUUUCGGUUUUUAUUUCCCUCUCCCUAUCCCAACAUAAAGAGGAUAAAGGUGGCAUUCCCUUUUUUGUAUGCAUAGCUGACAAAUAUAUAUACAAUGAAAGAAAUGCUUAUAUCUUUGUGUUACUGUACCUAAAACAUUUUUUUCCUUCUACUUCUUAUUUGCAUAUAAGGAUUGUAACGUUUCUGUGCAUUCUAAGGGGAACCCCCUCCAAACAUCUUGUGUUAUUGUAACAUUGUAUAUAGUAUUGUAUGUCAUAUUGUAAUGUCUAAUUCAAAGACAAGAAAAUAAGUUCUAAUAGGAUUCUGAUUGGGAUGACAAGAUCCUACAAUCCUACAAGAAUGUUUGAUAUCGAUAAUUUCCCAUAGGAUUCAAUGGAGAAUUUUUUUUAAUAUAUAAAUAAUUCAAUUUGUUAUAUAAAUAAUGUGAUUUUUGUAUAUAAAAAUACAAUUAUUGAUUUAAAAAUUUUUUAAAACGCUUUCCAUAUAAAUGCGCUAAAUUUACUAAGGAACAUGAUAGCGCUCGGAACGGCCUGUUUCGCAAUUCACAACAAUGUAAUUGGUGAUCAAAGAUAGUUACGCUAUCAUUACUAAAUAUCAGUUUCAUUUGCUCUGAAAUCUGUACAUAGUGGUGAAGCCAAGACCACAAGGUAGCGCAGCGCCCCUCUUAUUUGGCGAGAACCCUGGCAUAGUGACCAUGUCUUGGUUUUAAAAGCUUUAAAUGGCCACUUCCAAUUUUUGCGGUAUUCCCGGGGACUCUUUGGAUGAAUAUGAAUUAUUCCUGGUAUUGAAACUUGAUCAGUUUUCUGGAAAAUAGUAAUCCUUUAACUGUCACGAAGUAUGAUCAUAUUUAUUUUACAGUUAUAAGAAAUGUGAAAUCUUAUAGUAAGUCGUUUAUAAUUUGAUUGUUACUGUAUUUAGAAAGCAUUUCAGUCAUUUCAAGCCCUAAUCCCCCACUUUUUUUUAAACAGGAAGAAAAUCAUAUACUGUAUGAUUUUUCAUAUUUUCAUUACAUUUGUACUAUGUACUUGAGCUUGUGUCCUCAAAAGUUAGUACAUCUCAGCAAUUAAUAACUAUUUUUACCAGAAAGGUGAGUUCCAGACCUUUCUAAAACUAUGCAACAUUACCAGUUGUUGUUUAUGGCCAGCUCAUGAAAAACAAUUAUGUAUGGGUAUGUCUUAUUUAGGCAGAAAUAAUAGUUUUGCCAUAUCAUUCAACUGGUUAAAAGCCACAUUGAUACUGCCACAAGACUGUUAGGGGCUCUCUAGAUCAUGAGAGGUGGCAAUACUGCAUAUUCAAUGUAUGACAUCAGUAAUCUGGACAUCACAUCAGAUGAAUGCCUGUCUGCUGUACUGAUGAUUGAUUUAAUCUGAUUUUGUUUUCAGCUCUGGAACAAGUACAUGGUCUUUGCACACGUCAUUGCCCUGCAGCAUCACACUGCAUACAUGUUCAACGUGGAAUCCAGGAGGAGUCAGGUAAGAACCCAAUGAACCCCAUCAUUCAACAUGAGCUGUCCAUCAACUGUGUCAAUCAUGCUGGCCCUUGAAUACAAAGACACAGUUCAUCAAGGUAAUUUGCUAUUAGUGUCUGAAAUAAGAAUAAGAUGAUAAGAUGAGUGGUAUAAUAUAUCAGGAAUAUAUUAAUGAUCAUCAUAAUAUAUCAUAUCAGUUAAAGUUUUCUGUAAAGCCGUGAUAUACCAUGUAAUCCAUGAGUUAACCAUUAUAACAGUUUCCCCCAAAAAAUAUGAAUAGCCAUUAUUCUUCCCUUGUUUCACUAGGUACUUCUGUGGUCUGCCAGCAAAGUGUUUGAAGAGUUGACAGACAUUGAGAGACAGUUCCACAAAGCUCUGUACACUGUGAGAAUCUACCUCAAUUGUGAAAGAUACUCCGUGGGCCUCUUGGACAUGACCAAAGAGAAGGUUUGUUACUAGUGUAUAAUAUACUAAGGCAUAUUGCUGUUUUUUCACUGUCUUAAUAUGGGCACCAUUUUGGAUCUGCUCCUUCUGUGGUUGCUAAAUGGAUACACUGAAGUCCUGAUUGCUGUCUUCCCUCUCUUCAUGCAGGAGUUCUACGAUGAGUGGCCAGUGAAGCUGGGAGACGUACCGCCAUACAGUGGACCAAAGACCCCCGACGGAAGGGUAAAUAUCAUUUUCCUUUGAUAUGAUUCUCGCCAAGCAUUCUGCUCUUUUCUCUACUGCCUUGUCUAUGGCACAAUCACAGGCAGUGAAUGUUGUUCUGUGCGUCUGCAGGAAGUCAUCUUCUACAAGAUUAUUGACUAUCUGUUAGAAGGACCCAAAGAGGAAAUCAAAGUCAUACCGUAAAUACCAGUAGCUUCUUGUUAUAAAUCACUCAUUAUUAUUAUUAUUAUUAUGCUCUCUGAAGAAACAAUAAAGUCUCAAAGUACCAAAACUUAUCACUCACUCUCUUACUCCCUCACUCUGUUCCAUGUAGGGGUCCUCCUGUUGACCACUGGGCCCUGGUCAGUGGGCUCCCCACCUACGUUUCUGAGAACGGCUUUGUAAGUUGAUGUGAAAGAGUGCAUGUAGUCCAUACAUUAAUCACAUGCCAUAUACCAUCUACAAGCAUGUAGGGCCUACUGUAGAGAGUGAUUUUACUGAAAUAUGUCUUCUUCUUCCCCUGCAGAUUUGUAACAUGAUGAACGUUGCCGCUGAUGAGUACUUCAACUUCCAGGUGAGGAGUAUGGGCCCCAAUUGGAUGGAUGGUAUUAAGUAUAGGAUGACCUUGGUGUUACAAUAUAUCGAGUCCUCAGCAACAUGUGCUAUUUGAAGAGGACCACCAGCCCUCAGAUUGAUGUUGUAUCCCUAAAAUGCAAUAUUCUAGGGGUAAUUCUAAAAGCGUUUACUAAUCGACUUCAUGCUGUUUUGUCUUUCAGAAAGAGGCUGUGGAUGAAACAGGUUUUGUCAUCAAGAACGUCUUGUCCCUUCCCAUUGUUAACAAAAAGGAAGAAAUUGUGGGUAUUGCCACUUUCUUCAACAGGAAAGAUGGUAAACCAUUCGAUGAGCACGACGAACAGAUCACUGAGGUGAGUGCAUAGACAUCCACGCUCUCUCUCUUUCUCGCUAUCAGUCAUAUCAACCACUUCCCUCAUAAAUUCUGUCAUGGGUUACAUGUGAAUGCAUGAUGUGGUCAAAACCUGUCUGCAUUGUUCCAGGCCCUCACCCAGUUCCUGGGAUGGUCGGUGCUCAACUGCGACACGUACGACAGACUGAACAGGAUGGAGUGGAGAAAGGACAUCGCCCAGGAGAUGCUCAUGUGCCAGACCAGAUGCACCAACACCGAAAUGCAGAGUAUCCUGGUGAGACCUGAGACAUGUUAGACUGUAGACCUUAUAGACAGUGGAGAUUCACAGAGGAAAAUAGCCUCAUGGGACAAACCUUUGAUACUCUUCUCUCUUUCCACAGAACACAAAGGAGAAGUUUGAUGCCGAACCAGAGGACUGUGACCAGAAAGAGAUGUACAAACUCUUGGUAAGACCAUGUAUAAGACUGUCAGUGAAAGUGGGUAGAGGUACAAUGAUAAUGUGGCACAGAGUGGUGAUUGAAUGAUCAACUUGGAUAAUGGCAUGAUACCAAACGCAGAACAGGAAGAUAUGAACAUGCUAAUAAUACUAUAAUAAUGCCUGUGAAAGUGGACUCAGCAGUGCGGUAAUUCGGAAAUCAAUUAAUCAAUAAAUAAAUAUAUGGUUAUUAUUUUGCUCUUCUGUAGAGAUCAAACUGCCCUGUGGCCGUAGACGUGGACCUGCUGCUGUUCUCCUUCAGUGACUUCCCUGUGACAGAGCACGGCCUAAUCAUGUGUGGAAUUCGCUGCUUCUUUGAGCUGAAUGUGGUGGAGAAGUUCAAAGUGCCCGCAGAGGUCAGUCCUGAAGACCCUGGCUAGUAAAACAAUCAUGUUUAUUUAGAUGUACAGUACCAGUCAAAAGCUUGGACACACCUACUCAUUCAAGGGUUUUUCUUUAUUUUGACUAUUUUCUACAUUGUAGAAUUAUAGUGAAAACAUCAAAACUAUGAAAUAACACAUAUGGAAUCAUGUAGUAACCAAAACAGUGUUAAACAAAUCAAAAUAUAUUUUAUAUUUGAGAUUCUUCAAAGUAGCCACCCUUUGCCUUGAUGACAGGUUUAGAUUUGCAUACUCUUGGCAUUCUCUCAACCAGCUUCACCUGGAAUGCUUUCCCAACAGUCUUGAAGGAGUUCCCACAUAUGCUGAGCACUUGUUGGCUGCUUUUCUUUCACUCUGCGGUGCAACUCAUCCCAAACCAUCUCAAUUGGGUUGAGGUCGGGUGAUUGUGGAGGCCAGGUCAUCUGAUGCAGCACUCCAUUACUCUCCUUCUUGGUCAAAUAGCCCUUACACAGCCUGGAGGUGUGUUUUGGGUCAUUGUCCUGUUGAAAAACAAAUGAUAGUCCAACUAAGCACAAACCAGAUGGGAUGGCGUAUUGCUGCAGAAUGCUGUGGUAGCCAUGCUGGUUAAGUGUGCCUUGAAUUCUAAAUAAAUCACUGACAGUGUCACCAGCAAAGCACCCCCACACCAUCACACCUCCUCCUCCUCAUCAGACCAAAGGACAGAUUUCCACCAGUCUAAUGUCCAUUGCUCGUGUUUUUUGGCCCAAGCAAGCCUCUUCUUCUUAUUGGUGUCCUUUAGUAGUGGUUUCUUUGCAGCAAUUCGACCAUGAAGGCCUGAUUCACGCAGUCUCCUCUGAACAGUUGAUGUUGAGAUGUGUCUGUUACUUGCAGUUAACUCUAAUGAACUUAUCCUCUGCAGCAGAGGUAACUCUGGGUCUUCCUUUCCUGUGGCGGUCCUCAUGAGAGCCAGUUUCAUCAUAGCGCUUGAUGGUUUUUGCGAGUGCACUUGAAGAAACUUUCAAAGUUCUUGAAAUUUUCCAGAUUGACUGACCUUCAUGUCUUAAAGUAAUUAUGGACUGUCGUUUCUCUUUGCUUAUUUGAGCUGUUCUUGCCAUAAUAUGGACUUGGUCUUUUACCAAAUAGGGCUAUCUUCUGUGUACCACCCCUACUUUGUCACAACACAACUGAUUGGCUAAAACGCAUUAAGAGGCAAAGACAUUACACAAAUUAACAUUUAAGAAGGAACACCUGUUAAUUGAAAUGCAUUCCAGGUGACUACCUCAUAAAGCUGGUUGAGAGAAUGCCAAGAGUGUGCAAAGCUGUCAUCAAGGCAAAGGGUGGCUACUUUGAAGAAUCUCAAAUAUAACAUAUAUUUAGAUUCGUUUAACACUUUUACUACAUGAUUCCAUAUGUGUUAUUCCAUAGUUUUGAUGUCUUCACUAUUAUUCUACAAUGUAGAAAAUAGUAAAAAUAAAGAAAAACCCUGGAAUGAGUAGGUGUGUCCAAACUUUUGACUGGUACUGUAUUUAUUUUGUUGUAACCUCAGCAUUAUACAUUCCCCAGAAUGCAUGCAAUGUAUGCACUGUACAUGACUCAAUACAUUAACUAAGCUUUUGCCUUUUCUGUAUCUAAUUUAUUUUGUCGAGCCUAAUAUUUUCCAAAUACAAGGCCAUGUCCUACUGGUUUGGUCAUAUAGAUCAGUGUUUCCUAACCAGGGGUACUUGAGAAGACUCAUGAGGCAUAGGCCUACUGGUAAAAUGCACAUGAGGGGGUACUUCAGGGGUACUCCAGGCAGAGCCAAAUUCUGUUGGUGGUACAGUAACCAAAAAAGAUUUGGAACCACUGCCUCAUGUCUAAUUGUUUCCUCUUCCCAUGUACAACCAGACCCUGACCCGAUGGAUGUACACUGUCCGGAAAGGUUACCGUGACAUCACCUACCACAACUGGAGACACGGCUUCAACGUGGGCCAGACCAUGUUCUGUCUUCUACAGGUGAGUCCCUUUACUCCUACAGUACCAAUACUAUCACCUGAUACCUACAGUGCCGUGAAAAAGUAUUUGCCCCCUUUCUGAUUUUCUCUAUUUUUGCAUAUUUUUUAUAUUGAAUGUUAUCAGAUCUUCAACCAAAAUGCAAUAUUAAAUAAAGGGAACCUGGUUUACAAAUAACAAAAAAAUAUGUUUUGUUUAUUUAAUUAACAAAGGGGCAAAUUAUUUUUACAGCACUGUACAUGGCUAAGUGUAGAUUGUACAGAAUAACUGUGCAUAAAAUCACCAAAAGAAGAGUAGUUCAAAGUUCCUAAUUGUUUAGAGAAACAUUUUUGCUGCCAACCAAAGGCUACCCACUAAUGUAGGUCAGGGAGAUAACCCCGUUUUGUUUGAUAAAGGAUCGAUCACCUCACACACCCAUUUUGUUCAAUAGUGGAUCACCCCACCCCUCCCAUUUUGUUUGAUCAUGAAUCAGCCCACCCUUUUGCUCCACAGACUGGCAGGCUGAGGAAAUAUUACUCUGACCUGGAUGCCUUUGCCAUGGUGGCUGCUGCAUUCUGCCACGAUAUUGACCACAGGGGGACCAACAACUUAUACCAGACAAAGUAAGACCACCUCCGUUUACCUAUGAGAACUCAAAGCACUCCCUAAAUAAUCACUGUUUAGUUGUCUGUUAUUGGUUUGGAAUGUGUUGUUUGUGGUCUAACGAUUGUGUUACCCCUCUCUGACUUGCAGGAGUGGAUCGCCUUUAGCCAAACUGCACGGCUCCUCCAUCAUGGAGAGGCACCAUCUGGAGUACAGCAAGACGCUCAUGGCUGAGGAGGUUAGACACUGACUCCUGUUAAGGCUGUGGCCAAAAUGGCACCCUAUUCCCUAUUACAUUUGAGUCAUUUUGCAAACGCUCUUAUCCAGAGCGACUUACAGUAGUGAGUGCAUACAAUUCAUCAGUUAUCAGUUGCCGCCUUCAUCCGCCUUUCCAGACGUUUGGGAGAUGGGACUCCUGUAUCCGCCUGGCCAGGCGUUGAGGACUUGUGGCUUUGUAAUUGGAGUUGUCCAUCUCCUGGACUGGCUGCCCACCAGGGUUUGAGAGCCCAGUCUACCCUACGUUUUCCUGUAACCCUGGGUGGGGGCCCUAACCGGGUGCUGUCAGUCGGAGCCAGCUGAGCCCGAGAAUCGCGUGGGGCAGUGGCGUCACUCCCUGAGGUAGCAUGCAAGGCAUAGCAACACAAGGCAGAGCAGAGCAAAAUAAGGGAAAGCAGAGCAAAGCAAGCAUGGAAAAGCAAAGCAAUGCUACCCGCUACCCGUAUAUAGUGAACUACUUUUGACCAGCGUUUGCAUACAAGGUCAUUGUGGGAGUUGAACUCUUACCUUUUUCUCUACUCCCCCGUCAGAGCCUGAACAUCUUUGUGAAUCUCCAGAAGCGCCAGUUUGAAACUGUACAGCACUUGUUUGACGUCUGCAUCAUUGCCACUGAUCUGGCCUUGUACUUCAAGUGGGUUUUUACAAUUGUUAUGGUCUCCGAUAUAGCUGCUUUUAAAUAUACUGAAUCAGUAUCAUUUUUGUGCAAUGUCCUAACUUGACUGUUGGUCCCCAGAAAAAGAACAAUGUUCCAGAACAUUGUGAACGCCACUGAGCCAAUGGAAACUGAGAAGGAUAAAAUCGAGCAUAUUGCCAACAAUGCCAUCAGGAAGGAAAUUAUCAUGUGAGUAGGAAUGUUCUUCUGUCCGCCAUCUCGGGGGUUUGCUACACUUGUGGCAGUUGUCCACUUUUCUUAAAGUGCACAUUGUCACAGUUCUCGGUUUCUUGCAUAAUAUUAAUUAAUAUAACAAUACUGUCCCUUCUUGUGUAUCAGGGCCAUGAUGAUGACAGGUUGUGACUUGUCUGCCAUCACCAAACCAUGGGAGGUCCAGAGCAAGGUGGAUACUAUAUCUGUCCACCAUGUCAUGAAACAAAACAACACAGCAGAAGAAAAAAAAACUUUGCCCAAUUCCCUCAAAACAAUAUAGACCACAAGAUGCUCUGAGGUUUAGAUUAGUAUUGAUACAUUCUUUGCUGUGAAUUCUCUACCUCCUAGGUGGCUCUAAUGGUCGCAGCUGAGUUCUGGGAGCAAGGUGACUUGGAAAGGACCGUUCUCGAUCAGCAACCCAUUGUGAGUUUGUGAAGAAAACAGCUGUUUCUUUACAAUAUGUAUUUAUAGAGUAAUCACACAUUUCUGUUAGUUCUCUGUUUGAUUUGAUCUUCCCCAUUUCUUUCAUUGUUCCUCAGCCCAUGAUGGACAGAAACUGUGCAGCGGAGUUACCCAAGAUGCAGUGCGGUUUCAUUCAGUUUGUGUGUGCGUUCGUAUACAAGGUAACUGCCUGGCUGGUUGAAGCUCAACCAAGCCCUAUUUUGUUUCUUAAUUCGUUCUGAUCUGUUGAUUUGAAAGAAUUCAGCUUGUGUUAUUUGUCAUUAGGUAUAAUGUUCUAUCAAUUAUUUUUGGAAACGGAAUCAUCCUUAGAAAAAUAGAUGAGAUCAGUUUCUCUGUGAACCAUCUCUGUCAUCUUCAGUGAGUAGGUCAUCCAGUUUAGACCACCUGACUGACCAGUAGGCCUAUCCAUCUCCAAGUGUGCACCCGCUGAACUCCACAGCAGAAAUGUUUGCACCAUAAGGAAUAUGUCAGGUUGAGUGACAGUCCCGGGCAUGUGAAUGCUUGCAAUAAUGGGGCCUACUUGUGUGCAGGAAUUCUCGAGGUUCCACGUAGAGAUCACCCCGAUGUUUGAUGGGCUGAACAACAACCUAAAGAACUGGAAAGAGCUGGCCGACAUCCACGCCGCCAAGAUGGCGGCCAUUGAGGAAGAGAAAAAGAAGCUUGAAGCACCUGCAGGUAACAUUUGAAAUACAGUCAGGUCUCAGCCAAGAAAUCAGGGUUGGAGUCAAUUUUGAAUUUAAUUCAAUUCAACCAAUGAAUUGAAAUUCUAUUUAGAAUUGAAUUUAACAAGAGUGUACAAAACAUUAGGAACACCUUCCUAAUAUUGAGUUGCACCCCCAUUUGCCCUCAGAACUGACUCAAUUCAUUGGGGUAUGGACUCUACAAGGUGUUGAAAGCGUUCCACAGGGAUGCUGGCCCAUGUUGACUCCAACAUGGGAAACUGUUGAGCGUGGAAAACCCAGCAGCGUUGCAGUUCUUGACACACUCAAACCAGUGCACCUGGCACCUACUACCAUACCCCGUUCAAAGGCAAAUAUUUUGUCUUGCCCAUUCACCCUCUGAAUGGCAUACAUGCACAAUCCAUGUCUCAAUUGUCUCAAGGCUUAAAAAAACAUAUUUAACCUGUCUCCUCCCCUUGAUCUACACUGAUUUGAAGUGGAUUUAACAAGUGACAUCAAUAGGGAUCAUAGAUUUCACCUGGAUUCACUUGGUCAGUUUAUGUCAUGGAAAGAGCAGUUGUUCCUAAUGUUUUGUGCACUCAGUGUAUGUUUACAUAGUAUUAGUCACCAUAUGUCAAAAUAAACAUUUGUAUAAGAUAAGAUACACUAUAUAUACAAAGGUAUGUGGACACCCCUUCAAAUUAGUGGAUUCUGCUAUUCCAACCACACCCGUUGCUGACAGGUGUAUAAAAUCGAGCACACAGCCAUGCAAUCUCCAUAGACAAACAUUGGCAGUAGAAUGGCCUUACUGAAGAGCUCAGUGACUUUCAACGUGGCACCUUCAUAGGAUGCAACCUUUCCAACAAGUCAGUUCAUCACAUUUCUGUCCUGCUAGAGCUGCCCCGGUCAACUGUAUGUGCUGUUAUUGUGAAGUGGAAACGUCUAGGCGCAACAAUGGCUCAGCCACAAAGUGGUAGGCCACACAAGCUCACAGAACGGGAUCGCUGAGUACUGGAGUGCGGAGCGCGUAAAAAUCGUCUGUCCUCAGUUGCAUCACUCACUACCGAGUUCCAAACUGCCUCUGGAAUUAACUUCAGAACAAUAACUGUUUGUUGGUAGUUUUAUGAAAUGGGUUUCCAUGGUCGAGCAGCUGCACACAAGCCUAAGAUCACCAUACACAAUGCCAAGCGUCGGCUGGAGUGGUGUAAAGCUCGCCGCCAUUGGACUCUGGAGCAGUGGAAAUGCGUUCUCCGGGGUGAUUAAUCAUGCUUCUCCAUCUGGCAGUCCGACGGAUGAAUCUGGCUUUGGCGGAUGCCAGAAGAACAUUACCUGCCCAAAUGCAUAGUGCCAACUGUAAAGUUUGAUGGAGGAGGAAUAAUGGUCUGGGGCUGUUUUUCAUGGUUUGGGCUAGGCCCCUUAGUUCCAGCGAAGGGAAAUCUUAACGCUACAGCAUACAGUUGAAGUCGGAAGUUUACAUACACCUUAGCCAAAUACAUUUAAACUCAGUUUUUCACAAUUCCUGACAUUUAAUCCUAGUAAAAUUCCCUGUCUUAGGUCAGUUAGGAUCACCGCUUUAUUUUAAGAAUGUGAAAUGUCAGAAUAAUAGUAGAGAGUGAUUUAUUUCAGCUUUUAUUUAUUUCAUCACAUUCCCAGUGGGGCAGAAGUUUACAUACACUCAAUUAGUAUUUGGUAGCAUUGCCUUUAAAUUGUUUAACUUGGGUGAAACGUUUCGGGUAGCCUUCCACAAGCUUCCCACAAUAAGGUGGGUGAAUUUUGGCCCAUUCCUCCUGGCAGUGCUGGCGUAACUGAGUCAGGUUUGUAGGCCUCCUUGCUCGCACACGCUUUUUCAGUUCUGCCCACAAAUCUCCUAUAGGAUUGAGGUCAGGGCUUUGUGAUGGCCACUCCAAUACCUUGACUUUGUUGUCCUUAAGCCAUUUUGCCACAACUUUGGAAGUAUACUUGGGGUCAUUGUCCAUUUGGAAGACCCAUUUGCGACCAAGCUUUAACUUCCUGACUGAUGUCUUGAGAUGUUGCUUCAAUAUAUCCACAUAAUUUUCCUUCCUCAUGAUGCCAUCUAUUUUGUGAAGUGCACCAGUCCCUCCUGCAGCAAAGCACCCACACAGUAUGAUGCUGCCACCGCUGUGCUUCAUGGUUGGGAUGGUUUUCUUCGGCUUGCAAGUAACCCCCUUUUUCCUCCAAACAUAACGAUGGUCAUUAAGGCCAAACAGUUAUAUUUUUGUUUCAUCAGACCAGAGGACAUUUCUCCAAAAAGUACGAUCUUUGUCUCCAUGUGCAGUUGCAAACUGUAGUCUGGCUUUUUUAUGGCGGUUUUGGAGCAGUGGCUUCUUCCUUGCUGAGCAGCCUUUCAGGUGAUGUCGAUAUAGGACUCGUUUUACUGUGGAUAUAGAUACUUUUUUACCUGUUUCCUCCAGCAUCUUCACAAGGUCCUUUGCUGUUGUUCUGGGAUUGAUUUGCACUUUUCGCACCAAAGUACGUUCAUCUCUAGGAAACAGAACGUGUCUCCUUCCUGAGCGGUAUAACGGCUGCGUGGUCCCAUGGUGUUUAUACUUGCGUACUAUUGUUUGUACAGAUUAACGUGAUACCUUCAGGCGUUUGGAAAUAACUCCCAAGUAUUAACCAGACUUGUGGAGGUCUACCAUUUUUUUUUCUGAGGUCUUGGCUUGUUUCUUUAGAUUUUCCCAUUAUGUCAAGCAAAGAGGCACUAAGUUUGAAGGUAGGCCUUGAAAUACAUCCACAGGUACACCUCCAAUUGACUCAAAUGAUGUCAAUUAGCCUAUCAGAAGCUUCUAAAGCCAUGACAUAAUUUUCUGGAAUUUUCCAAGCUGUUUAAAGGCACAGUCAACUUAGUGUAUGUAAACUUCUGACCCAUUGGAAUUGUGAUACAGUGAAUUAUAAGUGAAAUAAUCUGUCUGUAAACAAUUGUUGGAAAAAGUACUUGUGUCAUGCACAAAAUAGAUGUCUUAACCGACUUGCCAAAACUAUAGUUUGUUAACAAGAAAUGUUUUAAUGACUCCAACCUAAGUGUAUGUCAACUUCCGACUUCAACUGUACAUUGACAUUGUCGAGAUCGGUGUGGAAGAGCUUGACUGGCCUGCACAGAGCCCUGACCUCAACCCCAUCGAACACCUUUGGGAUGAAUUGGUAUGCCGACUGCGAGCCAGGCCUAAUCGCCCAACAUCAGUGCCUGACCUCACUAAUACUGUUGUGGCUGAAUGGAAGCAAGUCCCCGCAGCAAUGUUCCAACAUCUAGUGGAAAACCUUCCCAGAAGAGUGGAGGCUGUUAUAGUAGCAAAGAGGGACCAACUCAAUAUUAAUGACCAUGAUUUUGGGAUGAAAUGUUUGAAGAGCAGGUGUCCACAUACCUUUGUCAUGUAGUGUAGUACUUUAUUAAUCCCCCAAAGGGUGAUUAAUAAAGUGAUAUAGUGACAUAUAGAAGACAUUAACCAUUUUAAUUUUAUUUAAUUAAAUUAUACUUUCUUUAAAGGGGAAAUUUGUAGUUGCAACAUCCAUUUGUGCACUUAUAAAUUAAUUAUACAUACCCAUUGAUUCUUGAAGAAUUUAACUUAUAAAUGCCUUAUGAGCUUAGUUCAACUGUCGUACCCCAUCAGAACCCAAAAUAUAAGCUUGCUUUACUCCAAUGUUUGUAAACAAAGUAAAUGUAAACAAACAAUACAUAGCCUCAAAACAUGGUUAAAAGUAUAAUUGUGAUAUCAUAGAUGGUCAGUCCUUGCAUCCAUAGCUCGGUUUAUGAUUUUCAGAGUGGUAACAUUUCUCCAGCCCCAUCCCUCAGCUUUUUACCGAAACAGGGGCGGGGUAUACACUUUGUUAUUGUUUCAACUGCUGAUUUCCACUUUAAUAUAAAUUAUAUUCUAUUGUGGCCAAUUCAAUUUAAAUUCAAGAAUUGAAUCAGAAUUCAGAACUUAAGAAGAAGCUAUUGUACAAUCUCCCAAGAAAUAGCAUUACCGGAAAAUAGCCUACCAUUCUUUUAGACACAGUGCCUGAGGCUUUUCCAUGCACACAUAUGCCACGCCACCAGUGGUCCAGCAGGCCACUGGACCAUUUUUUAGACAGGGUGAAAAAUGUUUGACAGGGCUGAGAAUAGACCAGCCCAUCUGGCAUUUCGGGCAAAUGCCAGUCCUCCCCUGAGUUUACCUUAGUUAAGCCAUCGACAUACUAAGACCAUCUUCUUUAUCUUUAUCUUGCUGAUAGCUGUCUUGCUAUGAACUCAAAUCAAUCAAACAUUUGAUUUGUCUUGCUAUGUGUUGUUGCUGCUUGCUGUCUUGCAUUCUGUUUGAACAGCAGAGGAGGCAGCAGAAGGAGGGAAAUCCAAGACCUGCACCAUCGCCUAACCCCCUGGAGUGUGCCCCAGUCCUGGCCGUGUGGCGGAGGAUCCCUGGGCGCAGCAAGCAGUCAGUGGGUAGACAGUGUGAAGUUGUGUCCCUGUGUGGACUGACUUGAUCGCUUCCUCUCAUUCUCAGGACUUGAUAAGUCAAUCCUGAUGGAUCAACACACUCAUCGCAGAUAUACCAGCAGCUGGUGCAUUACCAUAUCUUGACAGCACACUUAAAGUAGAGCAUAUCUUUCACAGAUAACUAACUAUAGGUACGACUUUAUCGACAACUAACAUAAUCCAAGUAAUGAAACAAACAUUACAUCUUAACAUCUACCAAAUGGCAUAUAAUGUAUUUAAUUUAUUUAGACAUGUAUUCUGCUUUGGGAAAUAACUACCUGUACAUGUUUAUCCAUACUCUGAUGAUCCAUAAAGAUAUUAGGGUGACAGUUCAGUGGACAAACUUUUAUAACUGAGCUGUUUUAUUAGCACAGGAAUACUGUUUGAUAUUUGAAUACUCAUCUCAGGAAUUUUAAGAACAAAUAUGAGUAGGCAAAUAACACAACCAAAUUCUGUAGAAAGGCAGACACUGUUUAUUUAGAAUUAUUUACUGUAAGAGCACAAGCCUCUUCCCAUAACUAAAACUUAAAAGGCAAACUUGCUGUUUUAGCAAAUGACAAUUGACUUUACCGAGGGGUAAUAUAAUAUCAAUGCUCAAAAUGUGUACACACUCCUGAGCCUUGUGAUGGUAUAUUUAUGUUAAUAUGCAAAGUAUAUAUUUUUUGAUUGUCAGAGGUUUUCUACUUUAUGUAUUUUAAGAAUGGAGCUGAGUCACUUCAAAGUCUAAGUCUUUAGAUUGUAUGAACUGAUAUGGUUCGUAGUCACAUUUGAGCAUCAGGUAUCCAUUGCAAACUUUGUGUACAAUGUUAAACUGCACAUUUUCCCAAUAACUUGAAAAUGUAAUAUAUGAUGAUAAUAUAUUGAUGUAUCAUAAAUUGCAAUUCAAUAAUCUUUCAAAAAUUGAGAUUAUGCUACUGUAUCACGUAUGUUUAUGCUCCAAAGAAAUGUAGUUAAUCACAUAAAUGUAAAAUAUGUAAAAAUUAAACCUACAAUUCCAAAAACUAUUUUUUACUUGCUAUUAGGAGGCAAGCCUAGGAAAUGUUCCAUCAGUGUCGUAAAUAUCUUCAGGUACCUGACCAUAAAAUGAUUUGAAGGGAUUGAGUCAGUCAGCUUUCGAGAUCUGCACAGCUUGAAACUUUAAAUACCCUACUUACUGUAGAUAAAGCAAGCUACCGAAGUCUUACAUCUACUGUGUGUGAAGGGCAUCAUGUUUGUUUUAUGGAUACAAGCCUGCAAUGUGGCCUCAGUCAGGCCAAAGCUCCUCUUCUCUUUGUUUGACUAUUUGGGGCUUAUUAGAGGACCAGUGUGAAAUUAACUUAAGCAACAUUGAGAAAGUGAAUUGAUGAAUCCAACUGAAUUGCAAUGGGGUUCCCAUAAAGAAAAACUCCUUAGAAAUCCUGCCAAGCAAUCUCCUUUUGACCUACUGUAACAGGUGGCCAAGACAUCUAUGGAGACAUCCGAUAGUAGCCCUAAGCAGGAAACACAGGGCAGGCAAAGUUUGACUUCUUUGCUUAUGCAACGUGCCCUCACUAAAUCAAUGGAAAAUCAAUCAAGAGCAGUAAUCCAAUGAGGGUGGCUUUGACAGCCACUCUGCAUCUUAAAUGGAUUCUCUGAAUCUCUGUUCCUAUAGCUGCUAGGCAGGGCAAGCUGCUUGGAUCAGGGCUCCACAAUGGGAUAAGGCGAACAGUAUAAGCAGUAUGGGAGUGACAAUCUAUUAUGCGCGUACAUUUAAUCUACUAAUUCUAUUGAGUUAUCACUGAGAUUAGAAUUUGACAUUUGAUGUCUGAUGAAACAAAUUCUACUGUAUGUACGUGUCAUAAGAUGUAACAUGUUAACAAAAUAAAGGCAUUCAUCAAAGUC